AUGGCCUACUUUAGGUUACACUCUGGAGAGAUCAUCUUGCCUUUAGAUGUCACCUUCCUCGGGGAGGCUUUUGGGGACGCAGCGUACCAGCUGUUUGCAACCACGCGAGGACUCUCCUACGUGUGGCCCGCGGGGGCCUUUGUGGUUGCCCGCUACUCCUUAUUCCAGCAGCUGGUCUUUACCUCCCUACCCAUACCCCGAGGGACCCACAGCUAUUCGGGAAGCAUGAGGGCUCCACGUGGGACCGCCGAGCACCACGCCAGGACCAGGUGGAGGUUCUGGCACUUGGGGCUCUGCAAGGCCCUCGGCCCCCUGCAGGCCGCCUGGGUCGCCUUCUCUCAGCCGGUCCCAACCAGCUGUGGCCAGCUGCUGACCCAGCUCUUCCUGUGCGGUUGCUUGGCUGUCGCUGCUGCAGGUCUGACGCACCACUGGCUCGUGUCCUCGCUGCUUUAUCCUCUGGGACCCUCGGCCACGGUGGCCACUGUCUGGGGCCUCCUGGUCUUCCUGGUGCUGGGCUUGGUGCCCCCUGCCCGCUGCCUGUUUGCACUCAGCGCCCCUACCCUGGGCACGGAGCAGGGCCGCUGCCUGCUCUUGUCCUGGAGCACCACCACGCUGGGCGUCACCGUGGUGCCCAACGUCUUGGCCAACAUGGGCGCAGCGGGGCAGGUGCUGAGAUGUGUCACAGAGGGCUCCCUGGAGAGUCUGCUCAACACCACUCACCGGCUGCACGCGGCAUCCCGGGCUCUGGGCGCUGCUGGCCCAGCGGGCAGCCAGGGCUGGACACUGCAGGCCCAGGGCAACGGCUCAGUGUUCCGCCUUCACAUGCUCAGGGUCACCCAGCAGGUGCUGGAGGACUUCUCUGGCCUGGAGUCCCUGGCCCGGGCGGCCGUGCUGGGGACCCAGCAGGUGGUCGCAGGGCUCUUUAUGCUGGGCCUCCUGGUGGACUCGGGCUGGUACCUCCAUCGCUACCUGACUGACCUGCGGUUUGACAAUAUCUACGUGACCCGGCAGCUGGCUUGGCAGCUGGCGGAGGCCCAGGCCACACACCUGGUGGCCUCCCCACCAGCCUGGCUGCUCUGGGCUGCCCGGCCGAGGCUGUCCCAGGGGGAGCUGCUGAGUUGCCUCCUGAGGCUGGGGCUGCUCACCCUGUUCCUGAUGGCCACAGCCGUGAUGGUGGCCACAGACCACGUGGCCUUUCUGCUAGCUCAGGCGGCCGUGGACUGGGCUCAGAAGCUGCCGGCCGUGCCCAUCACGCUCACGGUCAAGUAUGAUGCCUCAUACACGGUCCUGGGCUUCAUCCCCUUCCUCUUCAACCAGCCGCCUCUGGAGAGCCCUUUCCUCUCGGCUCACAACGCCUUCCAGUGGGAGCUCCGCUUCACCUCCCCGGGCUGCCCACUGCUGCCCGCCCGGCGCCCCCACACGGCCGCCCCCCUGGCCGCCGGGGCCCUGCAGCUGGCGGCUGGCGCCACCGUCCUGCUGGAGACCUACGCCCGGCGCCUGCGACACACCAUCGCCGCCUCCUUCUUCUCCGCCCAGGAGGCUAGGAGGGUCCGCCACCUGCACGCCCGGCUCCAGCGUAGAUACGACAGGCACGGAGGCCGGCGGCUGCCCCUGGGGCCCCCGUCCUUCCCGAGACCCGAGUCUGUGAGCGCCCACCCAGCGCGGAUAGACAGGCCUACGGCACGCUGGCCGCUGGGCAGAAGAGAGAGCAGCAAGGCAGAGGGGGAGGAGCUUGGGAGCCGUGCAGACCGUGGUCCUCUGCUGCCUUCCUGUGUGACCUUGGGUAGAUUGCUUCACCUCUCUGAGCCUCCGUUUCUACACCUGCAGGAUGACUGCGUCAUAACAACCCAUGUGACCUACUUUCCACGUGGGGGUGUGGAAAGGAAGGACUGCCGAUAUUGGGCAUAAGAGGCCUCAAGAAGCAGGAAAGGCCUCGGCACAGUGAAGACAAGCAAGUGCAGAGACAACUCGAGGUUCCUCCUGGCCAGUUGGGGGUCAGCCCGGGCUCUCAUCUGCAUCCACUGCUUUCCCUGGUGGAUGGAAACUUCACGUGGUGAAUGUGUUUAAAUUUUCCCGGAACUUAUUUAUAUGUCCCCUGAAUCCUCUUACAUUUAG